GAUUCGAUCAAAGUUUAAAACCAACACAUUCUGCUUGCGUUUUUUGUUGAUAUUGUUAUUAGUUUGUUUAUAAUAUAAGUGGUACUUGAAAUUCUUUGCAGUCUAAUAGUUUUUUCCAUUUCAAACACUUCACACUUUUGAAGAAAUCCCGUUUAUCCCGUGGGCGUAGUGACUUAAGUGACUCACAUAUGAACAGUGGAGAACAUGGCUGUGCUUCUCGAAAACGUAACAAAUUGUGUGUGGCAAGCCUUCGACGCCCUGCAACAAGACAAAUCGGGAUACGUCCACAAGUCCAAACUUAAGGUUUUGACGGCGAAUAUUGGUACGAUUUUGGAUUUGUAUGGGGUUGAAAGAGGGUUGGAGCAUUUCCGAAGCACAGCCACUUUGAACUUCGACCAGUACAAGUUUUAUUUGCAAAAAGAAGUUUUCUCCUCGCUGCCUAACAAACUCCCUUUGGCGGAAUUGCGAGAUUAUGAGGCGCGAAUCGCGGAAGUUUGUUGGCUGGUUUGCCGGAAAAAGUUUGUUCAAAGAGACAACAAGAUACUUUCUGAUGAAUCGCUUUUCCAAAUUUUCCGAAUCUUUUGUCUUUUGGGUGAUUUAGUUCGAGAGCAACACAAUGAGGACACUUAUCAGGUGUUAUUGCACCCUUCUGAAGUCUACAAUAUUGCCCAAACUUUGGCGAACUCUUUGGGAUGUCCCUGGGACGAGGAAGAUUUCACCAACUUGUCAAUCUCAAUGGGAAGUUUCCGUCUAACUCCCUUUAUUGCAGUUUUAGAAUCUCGCUCUUUAGUCGGAGUCAAGGACAAUUUCGCAAUUUCGGAAGCCGUCACUGACAUCUACCAGACCCUCGUCGAAGACGUCAUCAAGAAAGGUUAUUUGACCAAAAAAGGCUACAUUUUCCCCACAAUGCGUGAAUAUUGGUUCGUUCUCCGACCUUCCGAGCUGAGUUAUUACAAAACUCGCUCCGAAAAAGAACGUUGUGGGUCACUUCCCAUCGAACCCGGAAGUCGAGUCGAGGCCAAAUCCGGCUACCGGAUUAUCCUCCAUACUCCUGAAAGAAGCUUCGAGUUGGGCACCACGGACCACAUGACCCGAGUCCAAUGGAUUUCAGCUCUACAACUCGCCGCUGAUCAUUCAGGAGGGUGUCAGAGUUACCAAAGACUUCAAGUUGCGCGCAGGAAAAUGCAAAGAGCUGGGAGAAUUCAGGAAAUGAUGAGAGCAAGAGCACAGCUGCAACAGGAACGCAGUGCUCGACAAGCCGCUGAAGGACAAGCAAAGGAGUUGGAGGCUGUUGUGAAAGAAGAAGCGCGAAAAUUGACCGAUUUGGAGCAAAUGAGGGCGAAAUUGGAACGUCUACUUGAGGAGGAAACGCAAGCGAAACGCGACGAAGAGAUUGUUCGGGCCCUCCAAGCACGAGUUUUGGCCGAAGAGUGGGAAAAAAGAGAAGAAUUGGAACGGCUCCAAGAAGAACAACGAAUUCUCUUAGAGGAGGAGCGUGGCAAAAGAAAGGAGUUUGAGGAGUUGCAAAGCGAGAAAGAGCGUCAGUUGCGAGAGGCGGAGUCGCGUUUGGCCCAGUUGGAAAAAGAGAGGGAAGCUUUGGAUGUCCAGUUGAAAAUAGCCCAUGAUAAAAUUAAACUAUCAGAAGAUCGAAGAGAGGUAAUGGAAGCGAGAUUGUACCAAGUGGUACCAAUUCGAGAAGGGGAUCGAGUCAGACGAGCCCAUUCUUUUAUGCCAAGUACUAAAGAAAGACCAGUUUUGUUAGAAGUAAGAGCUGCCACUCUGAGACGCCCCAAAAACUAAUACAGGAGACUGAAGAAUGCUCAUUCCGAUUUUAUUACCCACUAAUUUUAUAACAAUAACUUGUAAUAUAUUUUUAUAAUUAAUCG